AUGGCGCCAGAAGAUAUCAAGGUCGACCUGCCCGAACAGGGCAUCGACGAGGGUCUUUACAGCCGUCAGCUCUAUGUGCUGGGUCACGAUGCCAUGAAGCGCAUGGCUGCUAGCAAUGUUCUCGUCCUUGGUCUUGGUGGUCUUGGUGCAGAAAUCGCAAAGAAUGUCGCAUUGGCCGGUGUCAAGUCCAUCACCAUCUUUGAUCCUACUCCCGUCUCGAUCUCGGAUCUCAGCACACAGUUCUUCCUUCGUCCCGAAGAUGCAUCGGCAGGCAAGCGUAGGGACCAUGCUACACAGCCUCGUCUUGCCGAACUCAAUACUUAUGUCCCCAUCCGAGUGCUGCAGGAGACCGAGUUGACCCAGGAUGUUCUCUCUCGCUUCCAGACUGUCGUCAUGUCCGAUGCUCUCUACGCUGAGCAGCUCCGCGUUAAUGACAUCACUCACGGCACUUCCACUCACUUUAUCGCAGCAGAGGUACGCGGCUUUUUCGGUUCCGUUUUCAACGACUUUGGUCCCAGGUUCCUCUGCAACGAUCCUACCGGCGAACAGCCGCUAUCGGGUAUGGUCACUUUGAUUGCCAGCGAAGACGAAGAGGGUCUUGUCACCACCCUCGACGAGACCCGCCAUGGUCUUCAGGACGGCGACUACGUCACUUUCGCCGAAGUUGAGGGUAUGGAGGCGCUCAACAACAGCCAACCUCGCAAGAUCACUGUCAAGGGUCCCUACACUUUCACCAUCGGCAGCACCAAGGGCCUUGGCGAGUACAAGCGUGGUGGUAUCUUCAAGCAGGUCAAGAUGCCUAAGGAGAUUGCGUUCAAGUCGUUGCGAGAGAGCAGCAAGCAGCCCGAGUUUCUCAUUGCCGACUUUGCCAAGUUCGAUCGCCCAGCUGCUCUCCACGCCGGCUUUCAGGCGCUCUCCGAGUUCCAGCAGAAGAAUGGUCGUUUGCCUCGACCGAGGAAUGCAGAGGAUGCCGAUCAGUUCCUUGAGCUUACCAAGCAGAUCGUCCAAGCUAACGGUCAGGAUGCUGCCGAUUUGCCCGAAAAGGUGGUGCGCGAGCUUGCUUUCCAGGCAACUGGUGAUCUUUCGCCCAUGGUAGCCUAUGUCGGUGGCUUUGUCGCUCAAGAAGUGCUCAAGGCCUGCAGUGGCAAGUUCCAUCCUCUCGUGCAGCACUUGUACGUUGACUCGCUCGAGUCGCUUCCUGACUCUGUCCCUGGCUUGCCUGAGAGCGAGUUCCAGGCUAGCAACUCGAGGUACGAUGGCCAGAUCGCUGUUCUCGGUCGCACUUUCCAGCAGAAGAUCGCCAACGCCCGUCAAUUCCUCGUAGGGUCCGGUGCGAUCGGAUGCGAGAUGCUCAAGAACUGGAGUAUGAUGGGUCUCGGCAGUGGACCUGAAGGUGCCAUCCACGUUACCGACAUGGACACGAUCGAAAAGUCGAAUCUCAACCGUCAAUUCCUCUUCCGAUCCAAGGAUGUGGGUCACUUCAAGGCUGAUACGGCGGCUGCGGCUGUUGCUGAGAUGAACGCUGAUCUGAAGGGCAAGAUCCACAGUCAUCAGAACCGUGUCGGUCCCGAGACCGAGGAUGUUUACGGUGACGAGUUCUUCGCCAGCCUGACUGGUGUCACCAACGCGCUGGACAAUGUUCAGGCACGUCAGUACAUGGAUCGUCGCUGCGUCUACUACGAGAAGCCGUUGCUGGAGUCGGGUACGCUGGGUACCAAGGCAAACACGCAGGUGGUUGUGCCUCACUUGACCGAGUCCUACUCGUCCUCGCAGGAUCCUCCUGAGAAGUCGAUCCCCGUUUGCACGCUCAAGAACUUCCCCAACGCCAUUGAACACACGAUUCAGUGGGCUCGUGAGCAGUUUGAUGAGUUCUUCCUCAAGCCGGCGGAGAACGUCAACCAGUACCUCACGCAGCCGGACUACAUUGAGACGACGCUCAAGAAUGGUUCGGGUGCCAAGGAGCAGCUUGAUCAGAUCAAGCAGUACCUUGUGGAUGAGCGACCCAAGUCGUUCGAGCAGUGCAUCUAUUGGGCUCGUAUGCGAUUCGAGGAGAACUACAGUAACAACAUUCGUCAGUUGCUCCACUCGUUGCCUGCCGAUGCGCUUACUUCGAGCGGUCAACCUUUCUGGUCGGGACCGAAGCGUGCUCCUAAGCCGUUGACGUUUGAUGCUGAGGAUCCGAUGCACCUCGAGUAUGUGAUGAGUGGUGCUUUGUUACAUGCCGAGAACUACGGGUUGAAGGGCGAGGCUGAUGCUGCUUACUUCAAGAAGGUCUUGGCUGAGAUCAAGGUGCCUGAGUUCAAGCCCAAGGACAAUGUUAAGAUCCAGGUUAUCGAGAACGAGGCUGCUCCCAACAACAACAGCAACAAUGAUGCUGGUGGAGACUUGACCGAUGUCACUAGCAGUUUACCUGAAGCAUCUUCGCUGGCUGGUUUCCGACUGGAGCCGAUCGAAAUGGAGAAGGACGAGGAGAGGAACCAUCACAUGGACUUUAUCACUGCUGCCUCUAACCUUCGUGCUACCAACUACGGCAUCUCGCCCGCCGAUAAGCACCAAACGAAAGGUAUCGCAGGAAAGAUCAUCCCGGCUAUCGCCACCACCACUGCUCUCGCUACCGGUCUGGUCAAUCUGGAACUCUACAAACUUAUCGACGAGAAGAAGGAGAUCGAAGCCUACUCGAACGCAUUCGUCAACCUCGCUUUGCCGUUCAUUGCAUUCUCGGAUCCGAUUGCGGCACAGAAGCUGAAAUACAACGAUACCGAAUGGACACUCUGGUCCCGCUUCAAGGUGGAAGAGGAUAUUACGUUGCAAGAGUUGCUAGACCUUUUCAAAGAAAAGCAUGGGUUGGAGGUUAGCAUGUUGAGCAGUGGAGUUUCGAUGUUGUUCUCGGCCUUCUUGCCGGGGAAGAAGAGAGAGGAGAGGUUGAAGAUGAAGAUGAGCAAGUUGAUUGAAACGGUAAGCAAGAAACGCAUUCCCAAACAUGCUCAGUGGGUGAUUGUCGAGAUCAUGGCGGAUGAUCUGGAGGGAGAGGACGUCGAGGUGCCGUUUGUGGUUGUCAAAGUGAAGCAGUGA